AUUUCUUAUCAUGUCUGACAUUAUUGUUCCUGGUUUCAAGGGUUCCGAACUCAUUGCUGAAUUGAACAAGGCUUUCGAAGCUUAUACUCCUGAAGAACGUGCCAAAUUGAUCAAGCAAGUCAAUGGUGUUUUCCAAUUCGUCUUGAAGGCUAAUGGCAAGGAAGAAAUCUUUACUGUGGAUGUUAAGAAGGAAGGAAAGGUUGUCCGUGGUAAGGGCAAUGUCAAGGCUGAUGCUAUUCUUACUUUGAACGAUGCUGACUUUGUUGCUUUGGCUGAAGGCAAACUUAAUGGUCAAAAGGCUUACAUGUCUGGAAAACUUAAGGUCAAGGGUCAAAUCAUGCUUGCUAUGAAACUCGACAAUGUCUUCAAAUCCAUCAAACCUGCUGCUGCCAAACUCUAAGCAUACUCCUGCUCUGGUGCCUAGAUAUCAAUUUUAUGUGUGUGUGUGUGUGUGUAUUAGUAGAACACGUGUGUAUAUAUAAACUACAGUUUAUUAUUUUGAUGAAUAAAUUAUUACCUGUUUAGAAAACUUUUUUUUUUUUUUUACUUCUUCUUUU